CGGGAGGAGUACUGCCGGUGGGUCAAGGUUCGGCCCGAACAUGGCGGUUCCGGUCGGGCCGUGACCAAGGUUUUACUGUCUGGAGGACUGAAGUUGAUGGCUGUCGGCGUCCCCACCUGUUAGGGUAGAAUGCGAAAACGCCAGAGAGUGCGCUGAGGAGCAGCGGCGCCGGGGACGACUGGGUGCUGGGCGCUCCAGGGAGCCGAAGCGGCGUCGUCUGUGGCUUCCUUUCGUCUGCAGGCUCCGGUGUGAGGCGCCGCCCGGCCGGGCAGGCGGGCGGGCGGCGGCCGUAGCUGCGGCAGCGGCGGGAUCCGCUGUGAGGGAGGGCCGCAGGGCGGGCGCCGCGGUCUCCUGAGCCGCGGCUAUGGCCCAGUGCGUACAGUCAGUGCAGGAGCUCAUCCCGGACUCCUUCGUCCCCUGUGUGGCCGCGCUGUGCAGCGACGAAGCCGAGCGGCUCACUCGUCUCAAUCAUCUGAGCUUCGCGGAGCUGCUGAAGCCUUUCUCUCGCCUCACUUCCGAGCUUCAUAUGAGAGAUCCUAAUAAUCAACUCCACAUAAUCAAAAAUUUGAAGAUAGCCGUAAGCAACAUUAUCACCCAACCACCUCAGCCUGGAGCUAUUCGAAAGCUUUUGAAUGAUGUUGUUUCUGGCAGCCAGCCUGCAGAAGGAUUAGUAGCUAAUGUGAUUACGGCAGGAGAUUAUGACCUUAACAUCAGUGCUACUACUCCAUGGUUUGAGUCUUACAGAGAGACCUUCCUUCAGUCCAUGCCAGCAUCGGAUCAUGAAUUCCUGAACCAUUAUUUAGCAUGUAUGUUGGUAGCAUCAUCCAAUGAAGCUGACCCUAUGGAACAGUUUUCCAAGUUGUCACAAGAACAGCAUCGGAUUCAGCACAACAAUGAUUAUUCCUACCCUAAGUGGUUUAUACCAAAUACACUUAAAUAUUAUGUACUUUUACAUGAUGUAAGUGCAGGAGAUGAACAGAGAGCUGAAUCAAUUUAUGAAGAAAUGAAACAGAAAUACGGAACUCAGGGUUGCUAUUUACUUAAAAUUAAUUCUCGAACAUCAAAUCGAGCAUCAGAUGAACAGAUACCAGAUCCGUGGAGUCAGUAUCUUCAGAAAAAUAGUAUUCAAAAUCAGGAAUCAUAUGAAGAUGGCCCUUGUACUAUAACAUCAGAUAAGAGUUCUGAUAGUAACUUGCUUUCAUUGGAUGGAUUAGAUAAUGAAGUCAAAGAUGGCUUACCAAAUAACUUUAGAGCCCACCCACUUCAAUUGGAUCAAUCCAGUGACCCUUCUAAUAGCAUGGAUGGCCCAGAUCAUGUCAAAUCUGUUUCAGCAUUACAUGAAACAAAGAAAGCAAAUACUGGAGUAAUUCAUGGUGCAUGUUUAACGCUUACUGAUCAUGAUAGAAUCCGACAGUUUAUACAAGAGUUUACAUUUCGUGGCCUUUUGCCUCAUAUAGAGAAAACCAUUCGGCAAUUAAAUGAUCAGCUAAUAUCAAGAAAAGGAUUGAGUCGAUCUCUGUUUUCUGCAACUAAAAAAUGGUUUAGUGGAAGUAAAGUUCCAGAAAAGAGCAUUAAUGAGCUGAAAAAUACAUCUGGGUUGCUAUAUCCACCAGAAGCACCAGAGCUUCAGAUCAGGAAAAUGGCUGACUUGUGCUUUUUGGUGCAACAUUAUGAUUUGGCUUAUAAUUGUUAUCACACUGCAAAGAAGGAUUUUCUUAAUGAUCAAGCAAUGCUUUAUGCAGCUGGUGCCUUGGAAAUGGCAGCAGUGUCAGCUUUUCUUCAACCAGGAGCACCUCGACCAUACCCAGCUCAUUACAUGGAUACAGCAAUUCAGACAUACAGAGAUAUCUGCAAGAAUAUGAUAUUGGCUGAAAGAUGUGUGUUACUUAGUGCUGAAAUUUUAAAAAGCCAGAGCAAAUAUUCAGAAGCUGCAGCUCUCCUAAUACGGUUGACAAGUGAGGAUUCUGAUCUUCGAAGUGCACUUCUUUUGGAACAGGCAGCACAUUGCUUUAUAAACAUGAAGAGUCCUAUGGAGAAAUAUGCAUUUCAUAUGAUACUGGCAGGCCACCGGUUUAGUAAAGCAGGACAGAAAAAACAUGCUUUACGCUGCUAUUGUCAAGCCAUGCAAGUUUACAAAGGAAAAGGCUGGUCUCUUGCAGAGGAUCACAUUAACUUCACAAUUGGACGUCAGUCCUAUACUCUUAGACACUUGGAGAAUGCUGUAUCUGCUUUUAGGCACAUUCUAAUCAAUGAAAGUAAGCAAUCAGCUACCCAACAAGGAGCCUUCCUCAGAGAAUAUCUUUAUGUUUACAAGAAUGUUAGUCAGCUCUCACCAGAUGGCCCUUUACCACAGCUUCCUUUACCAUAUAUUAACAGUUCAGCAACACGGGUUUUCUUUGGCCAUGACAGACGACCAGCAGAUGGAGAAAAGCAAGCAGCUACUCAUGUAAGUCUUGAUCAAGAAUAUGACUCUGAAUCCUCUCAGCAGUGGCGAGAACUUGAGGAACAUGUUGUGGCUGUGGUUAACAAAGGAAUAAUUCCAUCUAAUUUUCAUCCAACACAAUACUGUUUGAACAGUUAUUCAGAUAAUUCCAGAUUUCCACUUGCAGUUGUGGAAGAACCAAUUACAGUAGAAGUGGCUUUUAGAAACCCUUUGAAAGUUCCACUUUUAUUGACUGACUUGUCGUUGGUCUGGAAGUUUCAGCCUGAGGAUAUCAGUGGAAAAGAUAAUGAAGAAGUUAAAGAACUAGUUUCAAGUCAAUCUGAAAUGAUUGGAACUGAAGUUAUUUCAGAAUUCUUAAUUAAUAGUGAAGAAUCUAAAGUGGCAAGAUUAAAGCUCUUUCCCCAUCACAUAGGAGAGCUGCAUAUUUUGGGAGUUGUUUAUAAUCUUGGCACUAUUCAGGGCUCCAUGACAGUAGACGGCAUUGGUGCUCUCCCUGGAUGUCACACAGGGAAACAUUCCUUGAGUAUGUCAGUCCGAGGGAGACAGGAUUUAGAAAUUCAGGGUCCUCGACUUAACAACACAAAGGAAGAGAAAACAUCUAUUAAAUAUGGUCCUGAUCGACGUUUAGAUCCUAUUAUCACUGAGGAAAUGCCACUAUUGGAGGUAUUUUUUAUACAUUUUCCUACAGGGCUCCUCUGUGGAGAAAUCCGAAAAGCCUAUGUGGAAUUUGUUAAUGUCAGCAAAUGUCCUCUCACUGGAUUGAAAGUUGUUUCUAAGCGUCCAGAGUUCUUUACUUUUGGUGGUAAUACUGCUGUUCUAACACCACUGAGCCCCUCUGCCUCUGAAAACUGUAGUGCAUACAAGACUGUUGUGACAGAUUCUACCUCUGUGUGUACAGCCCUCAUUUCAUCAGCUUCUUCUGUAGACUUUGGUAUUGGCAUAGGAAGUCAGCCAGAAGUGAUUCCUGUACCCCUUCCUGACACUGUUCUUUUACCUGGAGCUUCAGUCCAACUACCAAUGUGGUUACGUGGGCCAGAUGAAGAAGGUGUCCAUGAAAUUAACUUUUUGUUCUACUAUGAAAGUGUUAAAAAGCAACCUAAAAUACAACACAGAAUAUUAAGACACACUGCAGUUAUUUGUACCAGUCGAUCUUUGAAUGUUAGAGCCACUGUCUGCCGAAGUAAUUCACUUGAAGGUGAAGAAGGAAGAGGAGGCAAUAUGCUAGUCUUUGUAGAUGUGGAAAAUACCAAUACUAGUGAAGCGGGUGUUAAGGAGUUCCAUAUAGCUCAAGUAUCAAGUAGUAGCCAACACUGGAGCCUACAGAAAUCUGUAAAUCUCUCUGAGAACAAAGAUGCCAAACUUGCCAGUAGGGAAAAGGGAAAGUUUUGCUUCAAGGCAGUAAGAUGUAAAGAAGCUGCUACACAAUCCGCAGAAAAAUACACCUUUGCAGAUAUCAUCUUUGGAAAUGAGCAGAUAAUAAGUUCAACAAGCCCAUGUGCAGAUUUCUUUUUUCGAAGUUUGUCCUCUGAGUUAAAAAAAUCACAGACUCAACAGUCUGUGAAUACAGGCAAACAUUCAGUAGAAGAGGCUGUGAGAUUGAUUCAAAAGUGCAGUGAAGUAGAUUUGAAUAUUGUCAUAUUAUGGAAGGCAUAUGUUGUAGAAGACAGUAAACAGCUUAUUUUGGAAGGUCAGCAUCAUGUUAUUCUUCAUACUAUAGGAAAAGAAGCCUUUUCAUAUCGUCAGAAACAGGAGCCACCAGAAAUGGAACUAUUAAAGUUUUUCAGGCCAGAAAAUUCUACAGUUUCCUCAAGGCCAUCAGUGGACCAGCUUUCUAAUAUCAUUAAAACAAGUCUUCACUACCCAGAAUCAUUUAAUCAUCCAUUUCACCAAAAAAGCCUUUGUUUAGUACCAGUCACCCUUUUACUUUCUAACUGUUCGAAGGCUGACGUAGAUGUGAUAGUUGAUCUUCGGCAUAAAACAACAAGUCCAGAAGCAUUGGAAACCCAUGGAUCAUUCACAUGGCUUGGACAGACACAAUAUAAACUUCAGCUUAAAAGCCAGGAGAUUCACAGUUUGCAGCUGAAAGCAUGCUUUGUUCAUACAGGUGUUUAUAACCUUGGAACUCCUAGGGUGUUUGCCAAGUUAUCAGACCAAGUUACAGUGUUUGAAACAAGUCAGCAGAACUCCAUGCCUGCCUUGAUCAUCAUCAAUAAUGUGUGACAUCCUGCAAGUGGAUGCUGAAAUUCACAAGAAUCAGUUUAACUUGGCUGAGUUGGCUUUGCAGCAGUAUUUGAAAUGCCUAACUUAUCUUGGAGGAUGGCUUCCCAUCACAGCAAUUAUUUUGACUUGUCAUUUGGUUGAUGAUGCAAAGCACAUCAGACUGAGAGUACUUACAUUUUUUUUCUCUUAAACCAAAUCUGGUAAUAAUUUACAUGUUCAUAAUACAGAAUCUCAACAUAUCCAUGCACCUUAUUAAGCCCCGUCUUAAGAAACAUCUAAGUCUGCUGUUACACUUACAAAUGGUAUAUGAACAUUAAGAGUGGAGAUGAUUUGGGAGAAGGAAGGCCUUGUCAGCAGUACUCCUGUUAAGCCAAUAGUCUAUAACUCCAGCUUUACUGUGAAGUUCUAGAGUGUUAUAUACAGAUUUUCCCGUCUUACUCUGCAGUUCUUUAAAACCAGUUUUGAACUUUGGCUGCAAAAUCUUCAUAUUCUACUGUUGGUUGGUCCCUAUGGCUUAGACAUAUGUUUGUAAAGAGAAAACAUUUUUUCCUGAUGCUUUUUGAAAGGAAGUUUUUUGACUUUUUUUCCCUCGGUCAUCUCACAUUCAUCCCACUACUUCACAAUGUGAUUUUUGUCAUUAAAAUCAUUCUUUAUUAUAUAACUUUAAUAAUUGAGUUGAUCUGUUUAAAAUAUAAAUCUACUCAAGUUAAUUAAAAUAAGCUUUUCAAAAAUGUAUUAUAUUUAUAACAAAUGUACUGUAAAUAGAAUAAAGACAUGCUAUUCACUGUAUAGAUUUACUUAGAUGCCUUUUUUAAAAUCUGGUUUUCUGAGCACUUAAUAUAUCCUUUAUUUAAAAUAAAUGCCAACCAUAUGUAGCAGGUACCAGAAAA